AUGAACUGCACUGUUAUGCGUAUGUUCUCUUACUCUCUGGGACAAUGGGCUGAAAUCAGCUGUGCUUCCAAGGCUCAUUUUGUUUGCAAUGCUAAACCCGUAAUCGUUCCUGCUCACGCAGACAGUCAUCUACAUGGGGACCUCUUUGUUCAAGGUCGCUGUGUCAGUGGGUACUACGAGUACCGCAGCGCCUGCUACUCCCUGGUUAACCCGCCAGAGGGAGUUGUAAGAUCAAGUGAGCUGGGUCGUGACGGAAUUACGGCGGCGUGCGAAGCCACAGCAGAGGUGAAGAACUGCACCGGAAACCACGUGGGAGGUCCAUUCUGUCCCACGGUGAUGUCACCUCACGAUCUGGCCGAUGCGGCUUUUCAGCGAUCGCUAAUCAGCAAAUUCGGCUAUCCUUCGACUGCUGCUUGGGUUGGGUUGAAAACCGAUUAUUUCCAUGUCUACCUGGACGCUCCAAAUUUCAUGGAAUCCACAUCGCUCCUCGACUAUUCUCUCAGCCAGGAUCCAACAAACAAUAUCACUUGUGUCGUUUUGGACAUGGACAAAAAUCUUCUCUCAAGCCAACCUUGCAACUCACCACUGCCUGCUCUCUGUGGUUAUUUCUUAGAUGAACACUUUCUUGCCAACAACGAAGUUCAUGACGCUUCCGCACUUUGCCCUUCCGGAUGGAAACAGUUUGAUUCCAACUGCUAUCGUCUUGACGCCGUCGAUGGGGGUUUGAGUUGGAGUCAGUCAGAGCAAGCCUGCGUAGCAGAGGGAGGCCACCUUGCCUCUAUUCACUCCGAUGCCGAAGACGAAUUUAUAAGGUCAUUGUUGCCCAAUGACAAACCUGUGAACCCCUGGAUCGGCCUGAGGGUAUUUAAUGAUGUGGAUGGAGUUGGAGGCACAACGAUGCAUUGGUCUGACGGAAGUUUAGUGGUUUACGCACAGGUGUUUGUUACCAGUCAAUCUAUUAUGGAAAUUGACUGCUUUCAGCUCGGUAGCGUUCUUGGACACCCCAAGUGGACUCGUGCAGGGGGCUGCUCCGUGAAAGCUCCCCUUAUUUGCAAGGCUCCGGUAGACGUUCUGGUUGCCGAGAAGGACAAUCCAAGAAAAGGCCACUGCCAACCAGGAAGUCAGCCCGAAUUCUGUCUCAUUGUGAACCACACCGCCUUGGCGUUUGUCGACGCUGAAGCGGCCUGCCAAGCGUCGGGUCACAGUCUUACCACUAUUCUAAACGACAGUCAACAGGACUUUUUAAUGCGAACUCUUAAGCAGCAAAAUGUCACAGAGCAUUCCAGAUACUGGAUCGGCCUCCAUGGCUUACAUGGAGUCCCUCAGUGGAUGUCCGGUUUCCCUGCCGUUCCGAACGUCUACUGGAAGACUGGGGUAGAGAGCUCUGUGAAGACGUGCAUCUACGUGGACUCGAGCAUCAACAGUUUGCUAAGUUGGGGCACAGAAAGCUGCUCACAACAGUAUCCGUUUGUGUGCUCCAAGGCACCUCCGUCGCCGCCACCGCCGCCUCCUGAAACUCCUGCCCUCGAUCCAGGUCACGUCAGCUGCCACCCCGGUUUCACCCUUGCUGGUAGGAAGUGCUACAGGGUCGAAAGUGACCCACAACGUAACUUCACGUUCGCUGCAGCCGUCGACGAGUGCCGGCGUAGUGGUGGCCACCUUGCUACCGUCUCUUCGCUAAACGAACAGGAUAUACUGUCUGUACUUUUGGCUGAUCACUCACUGCCAGCAUGGAUUGGACUCAAGGCGACAGAUCAAGGUCACCAAUGGGUCACCAAGGAGCCAAUCGCAUACACGAACUGGAUGACAGGAGAGCCUAAAUGGCACGCAAACAGAAACGCGGUGUGUGCAUUUAUGCACAGUCGUGAGGCAGACCUUGGUCGAUGGUCUGAGGCCAGCUGUGAACAAGAAAUGGGCUUCGUUUGUGAGACCGAACCAACGCAGACGCAGUCGGCAUCGGUCGGGCCCCACCUAUUUAGCCAAGGUGACUGCGCUCCCGGUUUCGUGCACCACAAAGGCGCGUGCUACCAGCUCCUCUUGCACGCUGCAUCACCCAGCACCGCCAGGGACGCCGCAGCCCUGUACGAUGAUGUGAGCACAGCCUGUGCCGCCCUGUCGCCACUCCCACUGCCCUGUGACAAAGUCCGUGGCCUGGCUGGCUGCCCUGUCACCAUGACACCGCACUCACAGUCGGAGGUCGCUUUCAUGCGACUGCUGAUUGGUCAAAACCCAUUGAUACGCGAAGCAUGGGUUGGCCUUAAGGUCCAGUCCACUAGUACUUUGGAUAUUGUUCAGUCGGAGGAUCUGGUGGCGUUGGGAAACAUCAGCCUUGACCUCACCGCUGUCUUCGAGCACACCCGCAUCUCCGCCCAAGCAGACAGUGUCUACACUUGUUUCUCCCUCCACAGAGACGCGGUCUUUUUGAGCCCCCGCCUUUGCUCCUCCGCCGUCCCCGCCGCUAUCUGCGGCUACCACCUCGCUAAGUCUAACAAAACUACAAUCUUUCAACACCCCCUAGACACCCGUCCUUUGCAUCCCCAACUCACCAAGUCCGAGGACUACGCUUGCCCCGGAGCCUUGAUUCAGGCCGGUGGGAACUGCUUCUACAGUGCCACAGAAAAAAUGGCCUGGUUCGCCGCGGAGAACUUUUGUGCCAACCUCGCCCAUAGCAGUUCCUUUUCACUUGAAAUGGACAGUCAUUACUCCGGACACCUUCCUUCCGUCCAUGACUCGAAUACACUCGCAUUUCUCGCUCAGAUGCAUGGCACUCAACACUCCUGGCUUGGUCUGCGCACACUUCGUGGUUUCCGAGGUUUCAAUGAAUCCUGGGCGAGCUCUCCACUCCAGUGGUCUGAUGGCAGUCCCGUGGGGUACUUGGCGUUUGCUCAGGGUCGCCCCUCGCUUACCGACGAUGUCGGGCGCCUCGGGGGCUGCGUUGCCCUCGAGCCCGCAACACACCGGUGGAGUGAUGUCUCGUGCGACGAGUCUCUCGCCUUCGCCUGCCAAUUCCCCAUCGAGGCGUUCCCCAAACACCAACCUGCCAGUGGUAACAAAUAUUUGGCAACAGUGGAACAGUGUCCUUCGGAAUUUCCUUUGUUCACGAAAAGUGCCUGCUACGCUGUCAUCGAGAAGCCUCUUUCUGUGAAAGAAGCCCUGACAGAAUGCAAAAAUUUGAAUCCCAAGUCAAGCCUAGCGUCUUUCCACUCAAUAGAAGAAGAGAUGGGUCUGGUGAGUCUGCUUGGUGAGAGGCCACAGCCCGCCUACUGGAUGGGUCUGUCGCAGUCGGACUUGCAGUACGCCUGGGCCGACACCAGCGUGGUGGACCACAUCCCUAAGCACCGAAUGCCCGCCGAGACUUCCCACCUCUGGCACUUCCAGGAUUGCUUCACUUUCAGUCCUUUUGUAAAUACGGAAAAUUCCAAAACAUUUAUCACGUGGAACGAGACAGACUGUAAUGCUAAGCGACCCUACAUAUGCCAAGUCUACAUUGGUGCCCGCGGACCACCGUCUGUGGAACCGGCCCAUCCACCUCCUUUCGGCUUGGCUCCGAUUCGCUGUCCCCGUGGCUACCGACAACACGAGGAUCGUUGCUUCAAGUUCAUCCCCAAGGCCGCAUCUUUUGAUGACGCCGAAAAGGCCUGCAAGGAGGAGGUAAAGGGAGAGCCAGGCUUCGUCGGUUCGCUGGCCAGAAUAUCUAAUUCACGAGAGCAAGACUUCGUGUCGGGCCUGUUCUCAGCAGAGGCUCCAAGCCAGCCGAGCAUGGCGUGGAUCGGGCUGCGCGGAGGACAGUCUCAUUGGACCGAUGGCGGCGAAUUCACAUACUCCCGGGAGGGCAUCGACUUCCCACUCUCUGUCACUCAAGACAAGGAGGACAUGUGCACAGUGAUGCUGUAUUCGUCGAACAUCCACUUCAACGGCCUCUGGUACCGCUCGCCAUGUUCCCUAAACAACCAAGCCUACUUCGUUUGCCAGGCUCGAGCUACCGCUGAAGCACACGACCCCUCUACCCAGUCGGUGGCGUCGGAAGCCCAACCCGCGGCAGUUUGUGCCGAUGGCUAUACCCUUGGCUUCUUCAACAGCACCGCUAUCAGCCUCGGGUCACCUAGUUCCCUACCCCACUGUCUCCAGCUUGUCUCCUCUGCUCCAAUGACGUGGGAGGAGGCGCACAACCUAUGCAAGGCCCAGUCGGCCAGUUUGCCCUCAAUCGACACCCUAGCGGACUUGAGUUUCCUGCGUUCAUGGUUGCAGACACCUCGGUCCCUCGGUGGCGCCGGGUUCACGGCAGAUGCCGCUGUCUGGCUCGAUCUCACCGUACCCGAGUGCCCCAAGUGUUAUUCGCAAUGGAAGUGGCACGCCAACGAGAGCAAUAUGUCCCCAGUUCGCAUUACGGAUUGGUUCAACGCCCCGACUGAUUCCUCCGGUUGCUACAUGUUCGCCGUCUCACCUCCGAGCGUGUCCUCCAAACUGCGCUCCAUCCGGCCUGCUGACUCGUGCACAACCACCCGCCUGCCUGUGGUCUGCCAGACGGACGCCCGAGUGCUUCUGGGCUCUGCCCAGUCAAGUGCUGCCGAGUCGGGCAUCGCGUCGGUUGGAUCGUGUGUCAAGAAUCCCACUCCGGAGCUUUCUUCGCUGCCAAGUUUCCUAACGAAUGUCAGUGUAGGCAAAUCGGGCAAACCCUGCAUACGGUGGGAUCUGGUGCAGCACAACUUAGACCGACCAGACGCACUACUGCCAAAGCACUGGCGAAUCUUCUCCGCUGAAAUCGCCUACGCUAUUCAUCAGAGUCCCUUUUCUGACAACUACUGUGCCCACUUGGCUGUGAAUAGCCGAUCCAGCGAAUCGGGCAACCCCGUCUACCGCUAUGCCUGCUACACGUCAACCGACCCCGAAACUGGACUUGAGGCGAGUUUCAUUAACCCCAUUUUCGCGUUAGCACGAGACUGUGAAAUGGAGAGUUGUCAGCUGGCUGACGGUAGUGGUGGCUUGUCUUCGGGGUGGAUUGUCGCAAUCAUGAUUUUCUCCCUCCUCUUCGCUGCCGCAGCUGUGGUCGGUAUGUUGUACCUGCUGUGUGGUCGACGUCACGACCGAUUCCUCCACCACCACGGUCGUUGGGUUUCACCCCUAAAAGUGACCUUUAGCAGUUCCGUCUUUGGUGGAGCACCUCUUCAGCAUCGUGGAUUCUUUUACCAUAGCGACCGCGGUGAGAACUUCGAGAACCCAUUGAUCCCCUCCGUGAGGAUGUUUGACGCGACGACAUCCAGCUUGAUCACCCCCAACGCACCUUCUCACCCUGCAAUGUCGUCACUCACAUUGAAAAACCAGCUCUACCGGCCUCUUUAUGACGAAGAUCCUCUUCUCUUGGAUGAACCAGACAAUGCGGACGAAUUCACUGGUCCUGUCUGA